UUUGAAAGUCGAGGAAAUGUUCCGGCAAGUUCCAGUUUCUUUGAGCUAACCUAGAAAAUCGUAUAUAAGUGACGCUGGAAUGUAUUUUCCUACACUAUUCGCGGAGAGGUCGUGAAGGAACGAAGAGAUAAAGAAGUAAACUGUCAAGAUGAUUGGAUCUAAGUUGGUGCCAGUUGUGAAUAUACUUAGCAAAGCCUUGCGGCCGGCUAAUGUCGGUGCUUGCCGCAGCGUGUGGGGAUAUCCGGCCGUGGGCUCUCUGGUUCGGGACGUGGAGCGACAGCUGGAUAAGUUGGAGCGUGAUUUCUUCCGCUUCAGCCCGCUUCGCAGACUGACUCCUCGCCAGAUACAAGUCCAAGGAGUCGACGCCCCGGCCAGCGAAUUCCGCAUCAACCUCGACGUCAGUGGCUACAACCCGGAGGAAAUUUCCGUGUCCCUGAAGGACAGGCAUCUCUCCAUCGAAGCUAAGAUGGAGCGCAGUUCCGAGGAUGGCAGCAAGUUCUUUCAGGCUGUCAAGCGUGAGUUCACUCUGCCUGACAAUAUUGAAACGGACUCUUUGAAAUCUUACGUCAAUCACGAUGGCAUUCUAACGAUUGAGGCGCCUCUGAAACAGGAAAAACCUAAGGAGUUGCCUAUCUCAAAAAAUUAAUGUCAUAGUAGUACUUUUUUGUAUCUUUAUUCAGGUAUGCUUUUCAUAAUAAAGACUGAUUAGGUGUAUAAUUGACAAGUUUGUAUAC